AUGUCUCCCCGGCGCUGGGGCUGGAAAACGCCUCCACGGGAAGGCCAGCCAGCGGAGCUACUCGCCCGGCUCGCGGCAGAAAGUGGGAACGGCAGCGGCGGCGUCUCGGCCCCAGCGACGAGGAUGCUCCCGGCUCUGAAGCGCGCCGUCCCAGGCGCUCAGACUCUGCUGCAGCCCGGCCCCAGCGGAAGCUGCCACCCCUCGCAGGCUGCCGACCCCCGGCCGCUGCAUCUUGGCCUCCGCAGACACACGGUGCCGGGCAUCGCCCCAGGCCGAGGCAUCUCAACCCAUUUCCCACUGGGAGGGAGGCUCCCAGCGGUGCAGGCUGCGCCUCAAGUCCCCAGCGACGAUCCCGUUCAGCUGCACCUUCCGGAUCCCUCCCUGCCCCUCCCUCUGCUCCCUCCCGUGGCUGUCACCAGCCGCGAGGCGGCCAGGCUCCGACCCAAGCCAGCUCCGCUGAGCUGGCCAACCGACCGCUCUGGGCGGAGCACUGUGGUGGAGGAACUGAAUGAAGUUCAGCAUACCCAGAGCCCAGAAUGCAGGAGGAGAGAGGGAAAGGUAAACGAUAAUGAUGUCCUAAAUGGCAGUGUUCCCUCAAAAGAGCUGACUUCGAUGGGCCAGAUCCCCAAGCCCACUCCACAUGGGAACCAGAUCAGAGGUUACAACCAAGGAUUUUCCUAAGGCUGGCACUCACUGGUUAACAUCGAGUUUACUCGUGCACCAACGACGUGAUGAGGCACUGACCUUUAGCCGAAGUCUGGUGCAUACGUAUCUUUUUGGAGGCCACAAACUGCAGCACUUUCUCCACAUUACUCUUCAUCUCCUGUUGGUUACUGGGACUGAGCUGUACCCCACUCAGCUUUUCUCCCGCUGUUAGGAGAGAGAAAAUAUAGGCAGUUACAGGGAGGAAUAUUGUCAAAGUUUCAUAGCAGCUAGACAAAGAGGAAGGGAAGAUUUGAUGUGAACACCAACAUUAUACAUAAAUAUAAAUGAGUUAAAUGCUGGUAUUUGUCACUGAGAUGGGAAAAAGGAAAAUGAAAGCCUUUUAGAAGACUUUUGAAUUUAUACUUAGGGGUCUGUGCAGUUACUGCGUAUACAUUUAUUCAGUCAACAAAUACUCACUGAGCAUCUACUGAGUGGCAAGUAGUCACUGUUCUGGGCACCAGAGAAACAGGAGAGAACAAGAACAAUAAAGUCCCCUUCCCUCAUAGAAUUUAUACCUGCAGGAGUGGCAGACAACAACCAAGUUAACAAGCAAGUGUUUAAUAUAAUUUCAUAGUAGCGGUAAGCGCUUGAGGAAAAAUAAAGUACAGUGACCAUGGUCUCUCUGAUAAUACAUUCGGCAGCAGCUUGAAUAAAGUAAAGCAUGUUAAGAUCUGAGGAGGAGGCCGGGCGCGGUGGCUCACACCUGUAAUCCCCGCGCUUUGGGAGGCCAAGGCGGGUGGAUCACAAGGUCAAGAGAUCGAGACCAUCCUGGUCGACAUGGUGAAGCCCCGUCUCUACUAAAAAUACAAAAAAUGAGCUGGGCAUGGUGGCGCGUGCCUGUAAUCCCAGCUGCUCAGGAGACUGAGGCAGGAGAACUGCCUGAACCCAGGAGGCGGAGGUUGCAGUGAGCCGAGAUCACGCCAUUGCACUCCAGCCUGGGUAACAAGAGCGAAACUCCGUCUCAAAAAAAAAAAGAUUGGAGGAGGAAGCAUUCUAGACUGAGGAACCACAGGGACCAAACCCCAAGCUCAGCUUACCUGAAGAAUAGCAAGAGCAAUGUGGCUGGGGGAGUGAGCUAGGAGUCAAGUUCUAGGAGAGGCUAGAGGGGUAAGCAAGACCAGGGCAUGCAGGGCUUUCUGGACAAGAGCAAAGGGCCUGAAUUUUAUCCUAAGUGUAAUGAGCAGCCAAUGGAGAGUCUGAGACAAAGGAGUGACACAAUCUGGUUCAUGUUUUUAAAAGUUGAUUGGCAGGGCGUCCUGGCUUACGCCCACACCCAUAAUCCUAGCGCUUUGGGAAGCCAAGGCAGGAGAAUUGCCUGAGCCCAGGAGUUCAAGACUAGCCUGGGCAAGAUGGUAAAAACCCCAUCUCUACAAAAAUAAAAAUAAAUAAAUAAAAUGGACUCUGUGUGGAAAUAGACUAUGCAGAGAGGAAAUAGGGAGAUCAGUCAGAAGGUGGAUGAAAAUAGUCAAGGCAAGACAUGAUGGUGAUUUGGGCUACAGUGGAAGAAGCUGACUGAUGAGAAGUUAGGUAUCAGGUAUAUUGUGAAUACAAAGCAGACAGCACAUAUGAAGGAUUCGAUAUGAUAUAUGAGAAAAAGGACAGUUAAGGACACCUUCUAAGUGUAUAAUGCAGUGUGUUACUCAGAUGAAGAAACUUGGAGAAUAGAGAGAUUGGUGGGGGAAGGGCAACCAAAUUUCUGCUUAGGACAUGUGAGAUUUGUUUCGCAUGUUAGACAUCUAAGUUGGAUAUUCAUGGCUAGAACUCAAGGAAAAAUUCAAGGCUAAAGACACAAAUUUGGGAAGGCAUCACUUCGAAGUAGAGAAACAGCACUCCAGCAUUAGAGGUCAAGAAGGAAAAGAAAAGCCAGCAAAACAAAUGAAAGAAGCCAGUGAGGAAGGAAGAAAAGUAGACGCUAAUAGGAUUCUGGAAGCCAAGUAAAGAAAGUUUGCGAAGAGAAGAGUGUUCUCAAUUACGUCAAGUACUGCUAUGCUGAAUAAAAUGAGGUCUGAGGCCUGGCCACUGGCUUUGAUGUGACCUUGAGGAAAGGUUUCAGUGGCGGGAGAUCAAAAGCCUGAUACGGGCAGGUUAAAGGAAGACUAGGAAAUAAGGAAGUGGAUUCAGUGAGUACAGGCAAAAUCUUGUGAGGAGUUUUUCUAUCUAGCAAAGUCACAACAGAAAGUCGUGUUUUUGGUGACAACUCAAAUUGAAAGUAAAUUUAAAAAAAGAAAGAAAGAAAGUCUUGUUUAGAAACCUGGGUUUUGUGGGGAAGGGGUGCGAUGGGGAAAAAAAAGAGCCUAGGUUUUGGAAAAAUAAGAACACCUAUUAGUGUGACUUGUAUAGACAUAGAAUGGGAAGUUUCUUUGGGAAGAAAUGAAGAAACUGCUAACACUAGUUGCCUCUAGAAGGAAAAAUGGGGAGCUGGUGGGGAGACAUAAGCGGAAAAAAGGUUUGACCUUAUAUCCUUUUGUACGUCUGGAUUUCCUACUAGUCCAUGUCUAACCUAUUCUAAUAGAUGAAACACUAAAUGUUGAAAACAGGCUUUGGAAUUAAAGUAGAGCUAGGUUUGUACCUCUACUUUGGCACUUAUAGUCACGUGACUUGGCCUCUCUAAGCCUCAUAAAAUGAAUAAAAUAGUAGUAGUCAUAUUAUACACCUGUCAUAAAUAAAUCAAAAGAGCAUGCUUAGCUAUUUUGUUUGACUCAUACUAAGUACUCAAUGAAUUUAUUUAUUUUUAUAAAUCUUCUCUUUGAAGCGUGUUUCCUAAAAGUGGGGAUAAUAUUAUGUUUCCCAAAGACGUGAGGAUUAAAUGAAAUGAAACAAGAUAGAAAGUAUUCAAUCCUAGCAGUUGCUAGCACCAUUGCUAUUAUUAUUGUCAUUACACAUGAAUACUCUGAGGAAUUCAUAAACUGUCCUAGUGAGGUAUUCAUGGACGGGCUGCCUGCUGCAAACCUGGCUUCCUCCAUACGACUUGCAGGCCCCAUAUCCCGUAAGAUCUCAAAGCAAAGUCAGUUAACAUAACAACACAUCUUUGAGAAUCUAUUAUAUGCACUCGGUUAGUGCUUGUAUACAUAGAAAAAUAUUAUACUAUGCCUGCUCUUAAGGGGCUCAGUCCAGGGGGGCGUGAUUCAAAGAAAAGAAAAAAAAAAAAAAGAGCUCAGUCCACACAGGGUAGGUAAAUGAAUGAUUGCCACAUAAUUUCCAUUUGAUGAGAGAAAUAAUAAUAGAAAUAUGGACCAAUGCUAUGGAAAUAAGGUUAUGGUACCAUCUAGUAAGAAUGACUGGCAACAACCCCGGGGCUUCAAGAGGAAAAAAACCUUUUAUCAAGCAUUGUGGUAGAAGGGUCCUUUGGACAGUUAACACCCCUCCUUUUACCUGGCUACUACUUCCUUCUCUGGCCUCGGCUUAGAUACUAAUUCUUCUGGCAGGCCUCAGUUAAGACAUCAGUUCUGGUAAGCCAAGCCUUGAGCCUCUAGGACUGGGCUGGGUAUCCCUCCUAUGUGCUCCCAUCCAUGCUUACCCCACUGGAGUACUAAGUACAUUAAUGGAAUUGACUUCACUUCCCAGCCUUUCCAACCAGUUUGGUAGACUCUUGAGAGCACAGACUAUUCUCAUCCUUAUAUUAUCAGAGCAUAAUAUAGUGCCUGGGACACAAUGUUUAUUGACUAAUAAAUAAAUGAAUUAAGCUUGGACAA